AUGCCAUCGCCGUCGAAAUCGGAAACUCUCGAGCACGACAACUUUGUCGCUUUUGACCACGCCGCUGCUGGACACGACGGCGUCCGCUGCACCCUCUCCGGCUCCUUAAUCGCAAAGCCGUGCACCCCCGCGGAAGUCGAGUUCUACGAAUCUUGCGCCCUCCAUCCUGCAUUCCGGGAGCUCAUCCCUACCUACAUCGGUACCCUCUCGUCUGCAGGCGACAAGCAACAGCCACAACAACAACCGUCCCUCGCAGUCCCCGCCGCCGCAGACACCCCGCAGUCCGACCCGACAGGCACGCCUACGGUAAAACCAGCCUCCCCCUACGGGCGAAAAAUCGAUACUGAGUUGUCGAUUGUGCUGGAGAAUAUAGCCGCUGGGUUCAAGAGGCCGAAUGUGUUGGAUGUCAAGUUGGGAGCGCGGCUCUGGGCAGAUGAUGCCCGGCCGGAGAAGCGCGCUAAGCUAGAUUCCGUUUCUCAGCAGACGACUAGCUCGAGUCUUGGGCUCCGGAUUUGCGGUAUGAAAGUGUAUACCGGUGAGAAUGGAGAGAGCGACGAGGGUGGUCUUACCAAUCCGUACGAUGCGAAGCAUGAAGGGAGGGAGGGGAAGAAGGGCGAGGUCGUUGAGAAGGACGGCUUCAAGCGCUACGAUAAGUGGUACGGACGGUCGUUAACCGAGGGUAAUGUCAAGGAAGGCUUCGAGGCCUUCUUCGCUGGUGCGAAGCUGGGCGGCGUGGACCGCUCGAAGCUCAUCGCGAAACGGGUAAUUGAGGAGCUGAAGCGUGUGCAACAGACGCUUGAAGCGGAGGAGAGCAGGAUGUACUCCGCCAGCGUUCUGAUCGUCUACGAAGGUGACCCGGAAGCGCUGGAGCACGCGCUUGAGGAGGAAAAGAAGGCUUUGGACAAACCACCAACGCAGGAUGACGACGAGGAAGGCGAGGAUGAAGAAGUGAGCUUAGAAGAGCUCCAGCAGGAUGGUACCCUGCAACUAGUUGAUGUCAACAACCUGGGGCAAGCUGGAAUUCCCCAGCAAGCCAUCAACAUCCCCAUCGAUCCCAGCACCGUUGCAGACCUCGGUGACGAGGACGACGAGGAGGAGGAUGUCCCGAAGGUUUAUGACCUUCGUUUGAUCGACUUUGCCCACGCCCAGUGGACUCCAGGCCAGGGACCUGACGAGAACUCGCUUCGGGGUGUGCGGAACUUGAUCAAGGUUCUCGACGGGAUUGUUGAAUGA